AUGCCUCUGCAUCUCUGGGAGAAUCUCAUCUCAUUCUCCGUCAAAACCCCUUCAAAUCGAUUCAAAACCUAUCUAUACUGCUCCCUACCAAUACCCUUGUCCCGGUUUUUCUGUUCCUCUCAAUCCCAAAACUCGAUCUCUGUCGUUGAUUAUCUAAUCAACCAACAUGGAUUCUCCUCCGAAGCUGCUUCCAAGGCCUCUACUGCCCUCACCCGCAUCAAGACUCCCGAAAAAUCCGAUUCUGUCCUUGCCUUUUUCGUCCAUUGCGGUUUCUCCAUGACCCACGUUGAGAAAAUUAUCCAGCACGCCCCAGAGCUCCUCUCCUCCGAUGUCGACAAGACCCUCAAACCCAAAAUCAAGAUUUUCGAAGAAUUGGGUUUUCCCCAAAAUGACAUUGCUGAUAUAGUUUCUACAGACCCUUGGAUUCUCACUCGCAGUGCCAAGAAACAGCUACUCCCUUCGCUCCUCCUUCUGAGGAGAGUCGUCCAAUCAAACGCGGCCGUCUGUAAGGUGCUCAAGCUAUCUGGGUGGUUCCUCAAAUGCGAUUUGGAGAAGACCAUGGUACCGAGCAUUGAUUUCAUGAAAAGCUGCGGAAUCAGCGAGGCCCAGAUUUCGAAAUUGGUCUUUAGCUUUCCAAGAUUCUUCGUUCUUAAACCUGAUACAAUCAAGGCCGUCGUCAAAAGAGUGGACGAAUUUGGUUUCAAUCGACAGAAAAAGAUGUACCUUCAUGCCAUUCGGAUCGUUAGCUCAAUGAGUAGAGAGAAAUUGGAGUACAAAUUUGGGAUUUUCCGGAGCCUGGGUUGGUCUGAAGUUGAUAUAUUAUCUGUAUUCCGGAGAGUGCCACAGGUAUUUUCAGUUUCGGAGAAGAAAAUAAGGGAAGGAAUGGAUUUCCUUCUCAACACGAGGAAACUCGAAAUCUCUUUCACAGUUCUAAAUCCAGGAAUGCUGAUGUUCAGCUUGGAAGGUAGGAUUAAACCCCGGCACCGGGUUUUGGAGAUUUUGGAAAGAAAGGAUUUGCUCCGCAAAGAUCUCAACAUGGCUUCAGUAUUUCAGAUGACGGAUCAACGGUUUUUGGGGAAAUACGUUCAUCGGUAUCCUGAUGAAUUCGAGAAUCUUUUCAGAGCUUACAAGGGUUUGGAGCUAAAACAGUAA